AUGUGGCUCCUCCUCCUCAGUUUCAACCCACCUGUCUAUGGAGCCAGUGAGAAAUUCCUGUCCCUCCCCGAGCCGUCCCUGGUCAAUGAGUUUCUGCUUUCGACUCAGUGCGCAAACUGGACAAACCCGGUGCUCGUUGAACAAACCCAAGCACCUCUCCAGGUGAUCAAGUGCCAGUCGUUCACGGCAAACGGUCCACGCUAUGACUUCUACCAGGUGCAAACCCCCAGCAAUGCCAUCUGUGAGGCACCCCCUCCCAGAAUCUACAUCACGCAUCACCAGAGCAUGGCACUCUGGGAUAAUAAGUGGCCGGCCAUACGUGCAUUUGUGAGCUUGACCGUCUGGAAUUCUGUUGUAGUCAUCGUGCUGGGAUUCAUCUUGCUUGUAUGCACUGAAAGACCUGAUCCUGAAUCUGACGUUAGAGACUCACAAAGGCAGUCAGUAGAGCUUGGAGUGAAGAGUUCCUCUAGUCCAAGAAGUCACAGCCAAGAUGCAUUAGAUGAGGCAGAGGCAUGCCUCUCAGAAGUGGAAGGAAAGAGUCCACACGUUGCUACUGGACAGGAAGAGGAUUCUUAUGCAUCCAUGGCUAGGAAGGGAAUCCUCAUUGCCUUCAUUUUGGGUAGUCUGUUGGCGGCAUAUGCGACGCCUCGAGCAAUCAGGUGCUCGGUCCAGGAGAAUAGGCGCACUCUUUGGGGACCGGUUGGGUUGCCCAACCCGGACCGGGGUCUGAACCAAUUCAUGGCCAGUGCCAGUGCCAGUGCUGGAAAGAACGUCACGAGUCUGAAGCUGUGUCAAACAGACAAGCUGAAUUUCUAUGUGGGCCAAGUUAAGACCAGCUGCGAACAACUGGGGGAGCCGUAUGCAGCACGUACCCCCUUUGGUGACCCAAUUUGGCAAGACUUGUGGACGUCAAGCCCAUUUUGCCUCUACCUCGCCUUGAGUAUUGGGGAGUCGACUAUCCUUCUAGUGUCUGCGCUCGUGAUAUUGGUUGGCUUCAUCAAGAGUCAGCUUACUAAGGGCGAGGGAGCUCCUCUUGUCGAAGAGGACCUGGAAAAGGGCGAAGGCGAUGGCUGGUGUUGCGGUGGGCAGGCCGCUAAGCCGGCCGCGAGCGCGAGCGGCACGCGCGAUUGGCGGCUGCGCGGCGCGGACACUCGGGCGUAUUGGAUACGCUCGGUUGACAAUGUACUGGAAUUGAAAGGCACUGUAGUGCUAGAUCCUGCUGAUAUCCGCUUCACAAAGAACUCGAUCGAGCCAGUAUUCAGCAAGGGAGCCACCGCCAGCAGGCUCGCGCAGCAGAGCGCACCAGUUGCGUCAGAUACAGAGAGAACUACAGUUGGAGAGGCACGUAACGCUGAGGCACGUAACGCUGCAGAAAGGUUUAGCAGCAGUGUUGGGGGGGCCGCUCGUUCCUAUGCCAAUGCUGCCAGAGCGAGCAGAGGGCAGCCACUGACGGAAGUCCUCGAGCUCCUUCGCGGGGGGGUGAUGAAGGUGGCCGAUCUGCCCCCCAUCAGAGUGGUGCGCCACGAGGACAAGUGGUGGAGCCUGGACAAUCGGCGGCUGUGGGUUUUGAAGCAGCUGGGGCGCCCAAUUUCGGUGCAGGUCGUGAAUGACCAUAAGGAGCUGUUCGAGAAGCGGACGACCAUAGAGAUGGGUUGGCGGUGGAAGUGA